GCCCCGCCAUGUCGGACCGGCUGGCCAAGCCUUCCUGCCUCAUCGUCGCCAGCGCCGCCACCGCGGGUGUUUCAGCCCAGUCAUUCCUUCACUGCUUUACUCUGGCCAGCUCUGCCUUUAACCUGCAAGUGGCAACUCCUGGGGGGAAGCCCAUUGAUUUUGUGGAUGUGAACGAGGGCAACACACGCUGGAUCCAGGACUUCCGCAUGAAAUCGUACGCCAGCCCUGCCAAGCUGGAGUCCAUUGAUGGGGCUCGGUACCAUGCCCUGCUGAUCCCAAACUGUCCUGGGGCUGUGACUGACCUGGCCAACAGUGGGUACCUGGCCAAGAUCCUGCAGCACUUCAGCACUGAGAGCAAGCCUAUCUGUGCUGUGGGACAGGGAGUGGCAGCUUUGUGUUGUGCCACCAAUGAGGAUAAAUCCUGGGUUUUCCAGGGAUACAGCUUGACAGGGCCCUCUGUGUACGAGCUGGUAAGGCAGCCAAAUUUUGCCAGUUUGUCCAUUAUUAUGGAGGAUUUUGUGAAGGAUUCUGGAGCUACAUUCAGUGCCAGCAGCCCAGAUGCUGUCCAUGUGGUGCUGGACAGGCACCUGGUGACAGGACAGAAUGAGAAUUCCACCCUUCCUGCUGUCCAGAACCUUCUGAUUCUUUGCAACGUCAGGAAAUGAAGGAGAAGAUCUGUUUGCAAAGAGGAUGGAUGAAGAGCCAGCAGGCUGAGGAUUUCCAUGGCUGUGACCUGGAUAAAGCACCCGUCUGAACCCCUGUCCUGGAUUCUGAAGUGCCUGUGGCAGGGAAGUUGGCAGUGCCAGGUUCUGUGUGGAUGGAAUGGAUGAAAGUUGUCAGAAGAAUCUGGGACACGCCAUUACAUUUUUGCUGCUCCAUUUUCUCACUAGACUCUCAGUUUACAGAUGGGGGAACUGUCUUCU